AAUAUUUUGAAGAAGUAGUAAAACGUUGCUUCCUCAUUCUCUUCCGCUUUGAAGUCUCUCUCUCGAGCGCCAAUUCAGACUCUGCGUGCAGAACAUUCUACAGUUCUCGCAAACCCGCGCGAGCCGGUGGAGCUCCUCCUUUUCGAACCUCAACCGGAGCUAGCUAGGGUUUCAAUUUCAUUCACCAACGCAAACAAAAAAGAUACCAGCAAAGAUUCUUCGUUGGUUCCCUCUUAUACCUAGAUUGCAAAGACUUUUUGUAUCACCAAAAACAACUUGUUCUAUGAUAUGGCAUGAGGUUGGUCGAACUAAAGAUGGACUCCUGAGGCAUCCAGCUUAUUCAUUUGCUUGGAAGGAUUUUGAUUGUCAGUAUCCUGAUUUUACUUAUGAUGCUCGUAAUGUUCGACUAGGUUUGGCUACUGAUGGCUUUAAUCCUUUCAAAACUAUGGCAAUUUCCCAUAGCACUUGGCUUGUUAUCUUGAUUCCGUACAAUCUUCCUCCAUGGAUGUGUAUGAAGCAACCUAAUUUUAUACUUUCAUUGCUUAUUCCUAGUCCAAAAAGUCCAGGUAUGAACCUUGAUGUCUAUAUGCAGCUUCUUGUGGAAGAAUUAAAGGAAUUAUGGGAAAUUGGGGUAAAAACAUUUGAUGCAUGUAAAAAAGAAUCAUUCCAAAUGCGUGCUGCAAUUAUGUGGACUAUUAAUGAUUUUUCUGCUUAUGCAAAUUUGUCUGGUUGGAACACUAGAGACCAAUAUGCUUGUCCAUGUUGUGGUUUUGAGAUUGGCUCAAAGUGGUUGCGUUAUGGUAGAAAGUUUUGCUAUAUGUGUCAUCGUCGUUGGUUAGAGCCUGAUCAUAAGUGGAGAUACAAUAAAAGAGAUUUUGAUGGAACCCAGGAGUUUAGAGCUCCACUUGAUCUACCUAGUGGAGCUUUUUCUUUGAGACAGAUGGAAUAUCAUGGAGUUGGGGAUUGGUCACCAUGGAAAAAGAGAAGUAUUUUGUUCACAUUGCCUUAUUGGCAACAUAGUGUGCUCCGUCAUAAUCUUGAUGUUAUGCACAUAGAAAAGAAUGUGUGUGAUAACAUUAUUCGGAUGUUGUUACAAUUAGAAGGUAAGUCAAAGGAAAAUGAUAAGGCACGCUAUGAUCUUGUGGAUAUGAAUAUUAGAAGCCAAUUACGGGUCUGUUUGGAUAUAAGUCACAAGUGCUUUUGAGAUCUUUUCUACUGGAAAUAUAGAGCUUUUUUCAAUAGAGAAGCUCUUAAAAGAGCUUCUAACCUUGUAUCCAAACAGGCUCGUCAUCCAAAGAUGCACCCAAGUAAAGGCAAACAAUAUUUUCCUAGAGCUUGUUACCAAAUGACUUCAAAAGAGAAAGAAACAUUUUUGGAAGUUCUCAAAACAAUAAAAGCUCCUGAUAAAUAUUUGUCUAAUA